AUGGCCAGCACUCGUGAUUCUCACUCUUACGCCUGCGAUGAAUGCCGUUUACGGAAGUCCAGGUGCUCUAAGGAGAAACCUACAUGUGCACAAUGCAAGCAGUUGCACAAGGACUGUAACUAUAGUCCUAAAGUCACCAGAAGUCCCUUGACCAGACAACAUUUGACCUAUGUGGAAGAUCGCUUACAGGCGUUCGAAACAGCCCUAGGGAGGCUGUUUCCGGGAGGUGAUCUGGAUGCGACGGUUCGCUCCCUUUUGUAUGACCAGGAUGGGCCGCCUAAACCAGGUUCAUCGUCCAAAUCGUCAUCCAGGCACUCCACUCCAGCCAAGGCUGAGGCCGAUCGAGCCGAACCAGCCCCUGAGGCACUGCCGCAACAGGCAGACGGCUUCGAUUGGGCGGAGAAUAAGAUCACUGUGGGUGAUCUGACAGACGGCAUGGCAGCCUUAUCUAUCAAACCAGAAGGAGCGGGUUACUUUGGUGCUUCUUCGAGCGUCGUUCCGCUCCGAACAUUGCUCAAACAUGGCUUUGACCUCAACUUCCCCGCUGGCACGUCCAAGACGAACUAUGCCGUCCCCUUGAAGUCCCAAUUGCUCAACACCGCCCCUUCUGGUCUGGUUGAGCAGGCGUUUAUGGACGCAUUCUUCCUCAACUAUCAUGCAAGCUACCCUUUCAUUCACGAGGGUACAUUCAGAGCACAGUUCUAUGAACAAGUGCCCCGGCCACAUGGUCAAGCAUGGCAGAUCUUGCUGAACACCAUUCUGGCGCUGGGUGCUUGGUGCAUUGGCGACGACAACUCCGACCUAGAUAUCACUUUCUACCAAGAAGCACGAGGCCACUUACAGCAGGUCUCCGUGUUUGAGACUGGAAACCUUACCCUGGUGCAGGCGCUACUGCUUUUGAGCAACUAUGCACAGAAACGAAACAAGCCCAAUACUGGGUGGAACUUCUUAGGCCUGGCCGUUAGAAUGGCCAUGAGUCUGGGUCUCCACAAAGAAUUUCCUGGCUGGAAAAUCAGCCUUCUUCAGCGUGAGAUCAGGAGACGCCUGUGGUGGGGAGUAUACAUAUUCGACAGUGGUGCGGCGAAGACGUUUGGCCGGCCCAUUCUAUUACCUGAAGAUAGUGUCAUGGAUGCAAAACACGUCCUGAAUAUUCACGACGAGGCUCUCACCCCCGCCACCACCACGCUACCCGUCGAAGUCACGGAGCCAACCCUCUAUUCGGGGCUGAUAGCCCAAGCUCGGUUUCAUUUACUUACAAACAGCGUCUACCAACGCCUCAUCUCGGGACCCAGUCUCACAGCGGAAGAAACCUUGGGCCUCCAGAAGCCAAUGGAGGAAUGGUACAAUGGUCUUCCUGACUACUUCAAGCAACCGCCUCUACCGGUAUCGGACACUUUUGCGCUCGUCCGCAACCGCAUGAUGUGGAGGGAUUGGAACUUGAGAAUCCUUCUUUACCGACCGGUACUCCUCCGAUGGGCAUCACGGAGAUGGACACAGCAGAAUACAGCGUCAGAGCCUGAAGAUCCUUUCGAGGUUGACUGCCGGAAGCUCUGUCUUCGAAAUGCUAGACUUUCCAUUUCGUCCAUCACCGACUUUGUGAACAAUCAUGUCUGCACGAGAAUUGGAGCCUGGUACAUGCUAUACUUCCUCUUCCAGGCCGGCUUGAUUCCGAUUAUCAUGCUCAUGACUGAUCCCACUAGUGCAGACGCUCCUGCAUGGCUCCAAGACAUAGAAGCCACCAAGAAGCUACUCAUUCAUCCUUCACUCAGCAACAAUCGACUUGCUGUUCGCUGCCUGGAAGUUGUGAACCGGCUGUGUUCGCCUGCGUAUACGAGUGCCGCGACCGGUCGAACGGCGGGACCGGCGCCCCCUAUCGUAAUGCCAUUCAACGAUCAACUGUUCACUGAUCCGACUUUUGGCAGUAUGUUUCCCGAUGUUGACCAGGAGUUGAAUCUAAGUGGCAUGGAUUUUACGGAAUGGGUGAACUUUGCACCACAGCACGAUUUUGUUUGACCAGGUUCUCGAACAUAAGCUCCAAGCGGCUUCGAACCAGAGUAUCACAAGUGGCUGAGAGACUCGUCAUUUGCUAUGAUCUUCGUGAUGGCGAGUGUAUUGGAAGUGACUCAAUCGCAGUUUUCUCCGAAGGAACAACGAGAGCCUCAGCCGGUGUCACCAGCCAAUCGCACUGAGGUAUCCGU